CUGCAAGACGAAGUCAAGAUAGGCGACUACUACCUUCGAUUGUUACUCCAGGAAGCAGAUGAAACUGCUACGCCAAUACACAAUCCGUUAGUAAACAAAGUGUCAUUUACAAAAACAACUGAAUUCUUCAAUAACGUCUACCAUCGAUUUCUUUUGUCUGCAAGAUGCGAAAUGCGAUGUCUUUGCCUUAAAGCUAUGGCUGUGACAUACGGACGUCAUCAUAUGACCAUAGGACCAUUUGAGGAUUCUCGGCAUUUUGUUAGCAUGCUUGCAAAGUGUACGAAUGCAGCGGAGCGAGACCACUUUAUAUUGCUGAUAUCAAAGCUAGUCUUGAACAAGGAUAAUGUACGGGAAUUGAUCAGCUCUCAAUUGCUUCCAAUUCUAGUCGAUUUAGCGGCACUCGCUCAUCUUCAUGUGCAAAGAGCAAAAAUUCAAAAUCAGAUGGGUAGAACAUUUCGCCAGUGUGUUAGUAAAUCUUUUCAGACAAAUGUCAUAGAAGCCAGCUCUGAGCAGAUGAGUGAAGGCAGUUCGGCAGAAUGGUAUUAUGCCACGAGUGAUAACAAUAAGGAGAGACUCGGGCCAUUUUCUUUUGAAAAGAUGAAGACCUUUUAUGCGGAGAAAACCAUAUUUGAGAAAACGGCCGUGUGGGCUGCAGGGCUGGAGAAAUGGGAACCUCUCAGCAAAGUUCCUCAAUUUCGAUGGACAGUUUGCCUUGGACAGCAACAGACUGGAGUUCCGCUCUACAAUUUCACGGAGCUUUGCUCGUUAUGUCUUGAUAUAAUGAUACAAAUGUGCGAAUUCUUCCCAUCAAGAGAUGAAAACAACAGCGUCGUACGACCGAUGCCUCAAGUCAAGAAGAGCCUUACGGAA